CUUUGAUGUGUGUGUAUACAUAAAUAUAAAUUAUGGGUGUCCAGGUCUGCAGUUCCACAGGAGGAUAGCAUCUUUUCCAGCCAAAACCUUUCCUGGACUUUCUGCUCCAGAAGGCUGACUUUCUACAAGCAUGAAGUCUACAAUAUGUUUCCUUCUCAUCUUCAUCUCCCUUCUCCAUCUGAUGAUCCCAGUGAACACUCAGGCCUCCAAAGACUCUUUGGUGAAUAAAAAGAUUCAGGAAGCUCUCAAUGGUAGAGAACCUAAGAAGCUCUCCUGCACUAGCGUCAGCGCAUCAGGCAGAUGGGCCUCCUGUCCUCCUGGGAUGGCUGUCACUGGUUGUGCAUGCGGCUCUGGUUGUGGAUCAUGGGAUGUCCAGAAUGGAAAUACCUGCCACUGUCAGUGCAAAGGCAUGGACUGGACCACCGCCCGCUGCUGCCGGCUGGUUUGAGAAUGAGGAGACUGAGAAUCCGUCUAUGAAAUGAGGACCAUGAUGAAACCAUGGUCUCCACCAGAAAAUCUGAUUCACUGUGUCCAUAAUAAAUUUAUGUUACCCAAUAAUUCUUCCGGGGUAAUAUAAACAUAUCUGUUCCUGUUCGUGUUUAUGUUUAAUGCUACUACUUCUAGCCUGGGUACCUGUUGACAGAAAAUAUUUUAGUAAUUCAGUAAUUUCACCUCAAUAUAGCAUGUAAGAUGGAUAGUGAAGAGAAAGAUAUGGAAGGAAUGGGAAAAUGGACUGACCCUCUGGUUCUCCUAGUACCAUAUGUUUUAACAAAAAAUACCAAAUGAAUUGUUGACCAGAAAAAAAAAAACAAAAUGUUGUGCUUUUAUGGAGCUCUUUAACUGGAACAGUAAAUUCCAAGCCAUGUUCAGGAAGACUCUGCAAGGAGCAGUCAGUUCUAACUUCUCAGUAUGUUUGUGCACCCUUUCCAACUUAAAUGCCUGAGUUUACUUUCAUCAAGGUAA